CUCGACCUGCAAGCUCAGUUCACUUCUGUCUGCUUGAAGAGUAGCACCUUCUUCUUCCGAGACGCCAACUAGGGGGAAGUGUGAUUCCAAGUAGUGUGAUUUCGUGGGAGGAGACGACCUCGCGUAUGCGUAGAAUUUUUGUUAUUUCCUGACAGGAAACUCUUAGCUACCAUCCGUGGGUCUUUAGGGUUUGAGAGUGCUGGUUGAAUUAUCACCUUAAAAUUGGAUAGUUGCUUUGGCUUUUGAAGACACUGUUGAAGUGGUGUUCCAUAAUCGGUCAACGCAAAGCCGAAUCGUAGCGAAGAUCAAAAGAAGCUGCUGCAGAGCCAAUUUUCAAUGCAGCCCAACUCGGAGAAAAAUCGAAAUCCAAGUGUGCCUCUGCCCGAAUUGCGCGUGAAGAAUCGUAGUAUUGGCCAACUUUGAUGAGGUUCAACCGAACGAAAAGCCGAGUGUUGGAGUGAAAUCAAUGAUUGCUUUGAUCCACUGUCUCCCAAAUAAUAAUAACACACACUGUGUGAAAGUCGAAGAAAAGUGAAUUCAAAGAGAGUAAAAUUUCCUUCUGUGUGCAAAAAUAAAGCCAGGAAAACAAAAGCGAGAGAGAUCAAACAUAAAAGUGUUAAGGCGAAAAAGAAAAGAAAAACACAGAUAAAAUAAUUGUUCUGCUCGUUUGGAUUUUGUGGCAUUGUGGGUGCAUUCUAAAAAUACUACGCGAGUGUAUCAAAAUCAAUUUCGGCUGAAGAGGUGAAUUUGUUGUCUAAAUGCUUCAAAGUGUUCAGCGGAGUCGUCGUCAGAGCUGAGCUAAGCGGAACGAUAAUCGGUUGACUUGAUUAUCAUCGCAACGCAACGGAACAUCAUCUAAUGAGACUGCAGAUUCCCGUCGUCGGAGUACAAAACAAACCGUAGCUCCAUCACCAAGUUACAUCAUUCCAAUCGUCGUCCACCGCUAGCUUAGAAGCGUCGUCGACUAGCUAGAAUCACUUUUCGGAAGCCCCAUUCAAGUUCGGCGCAGCACUCGGAGGAAGACGACGCUGCGUGUGAAGUGAAGGGAAGGGUCACCAUCGCCAGGCGUGUUUACAGCUCUACAAACAACAACGAAUCGUCGACGACACCGACAACGACUGCGCUAUUACUUAGCAUCAGCUCCAUAGUGUUCUGGCCCUGCCCCAACAUAAUAGCUUCAAAGCUGGAAGUCUGGUGGAAAGGGACUGCAGAGGAGAGUGUGUGUUGAGUAUUCGCAUUCAAUUUGCCCUUUUAGACGACACACGACCUCCACUAUAGAUUCGACGUAGAAUUUCGAAGAGCUUCAACCAACAAAGCUGACUGCCGUGGACUUGUCUCUCCCUUGCGGCAGUGGUGGUGGUUGUUGUUGUUGUCCACGAAAUUGACGAAACGAAGACGAGUCCCUCGCGGACAGUCGUGUGGAAAAGUCCCUUAAAAAGGCAAAAAACAGGCGCGCGUCUUCCCAACGCAAAGUACGACACAGACUGCUGUUUUUGUGUGGGAGGUUAUUUUAAGAAAGGCAGAAGUAGAAGAAAAACAUUCUUUUUCGUUCAGUAUUUCGCGCGAGGCGAGUCAGUGAUAAGUGUUUCCAUUAGUUUGCGCGGGUCUAGCGAAAGGUUCGCUUAUCAAUCAAUCCCCCCCAUACGUAGUGCGAGUUCGCGCUUAUCAAUCGCGGAGUGUGAGGGUAGAGAAAGCGUGCGGAAAGUUCGGUUUCGGUGAGUGCCGCUUAUCAAGAACCGCUCAACCUGACACCGCGACGCGACCUGCCGAGGCAUCCAAUUUCUGUCCCAUGAUUACAACAAAGGUGCCAAUCGAGUGUAGUGGUCGCAUUCUUGUUAUUUUUCCUUUUCUGCGUAAUAUCAUCGUGCUGUGAUAGUACCCAAAACAUCAGUCUCAGAGAUUCAAGGUCGACGACAUGUUCUCGUUCUUGUGCUGAAGAAGACUACGUUCGGUGAUCAAGUGCGUGGUGUGGCGUAGCAAGAAGGCACCGAGCUUUCCUAUAGUUUUCCGAAAUUUGAAAAAGAAGAUGGUGAAUAGAAAAAUGUCUGCACUAGGGCAUCAGGUGAACAUGAACAACUUCCUGUCGCUGCUGGUGGGUGCUUCCCUAGUGGCGGCCAACUCGUCCCCGAACCAUGACCUUACCUCAUUCUCCCAACCGACCGAGUUCUCCAACGGAGUUUCGUCCUUUGCCCUGCCAGCCGAGGACCGUAUGGCGUUCGAUAGCUAUACCCUAGCCUAUCUCAACUACUCGUACGUCGACGGCAACGAGAUGGAAUUCCACGAGGGUGAACUGAUUGGAAAGUUUGGAGAAGGCCGGGUUCUGAACCGGACCGGUCUGUUGGUGCACGUUACCAAGUCGGACGAUCCGAACGAACACCGGGGCUGCUCCAAGGAUUGGAACGGGACCAAUGGCCAACCGCUGCCCGCCAACGGCAUUAAGUGGAUAGCUCUGAUCCUGCGGGGAAACUGCAACUUUGAGGAGAAAGUCAAACAUGCAUACAUGCACGGAGCCGCCGGGGUUAUCAUCUACAACGAUAAGGACGAUCCGCGUUUGGAUAAAAUGAAGAUUAACGACAAAGAACGAAACAUCACCGCCGUCUUCACGACCAAGGCCAAGGGUCACGAAUUGAUCGACAUUCUGGAGCGACAGGGCUACGAAGUGACGAUCGAAAUCAUCGAAGGAAGUCGCCACAUCCGCUCACUGGCCAACAUCAACCGAACAUCGGUGCUGUUUGUAUCGGUUUCGUUUAUCGUGCUGAUGAUCAUCUCGCUGGUGUGGCUGGUGUUCUACUACGUACAACGGUUCCGGUAUUUGCAAACCAAAGACAAACAAUCGAGACGACUGUGCAACGUAGCGAAACGAAUCAUUGCCAAAAUUCCUACCAAGAGUAUUAAAUCAGAUGACAAGGAAAUCGACAACGAUUGUUGUGCCAUUUGCAUCGAGCCAUACAAAGUGACGGAUGUGAUACGCGUUCUUCCCUGCAAGCAUGAAUUCCACAAGACCUGCAUCGAUCCGUGGCUGCUCGAGCACCGCACCUGCCCGAUGUGCAAGAUGGACAUCCUCAAGCAUUACGGCUUCGUGUUCACCGGUAGUCAGGAGAGCAUCCUUCAGCUAGAUUUGGACAUGGAAGAAGGAGACUUGAUUGACGAUCACAGCAGUACCGACGGUGGAUAUCAAAGACGACACAGCGUAAGCCCAUUGCCGCAAAUCAGAGCCUCCAAUGAGAAUCGACUCUCACGAACCUCCUCGGAGUCGGACUCGGACAACGAGCAUCAACCGUCCUCCAGCCGGCAUCACUCCACCAGACAAUCGAUGACGCGUCGCGAUAGCACCUCAUCCGGAGCGGUCAUCACUACCGGGUGCACCGAUUCCGAUCGACAUCCGGACGAUAACAACAUUUGCGUCGGCUGUUUGGCUGCGGCGUUGAACAAGAAGAAGCAUAACAUGGAGAGCACCUUCCCGCAGGACGAUGCCGAUAGUGAUACCUUCUCCACCGGACCGCAUGGUUCCUCGAGUCUUCCGGCCACUCUCAAGAAAUACAAAGGCAACCACUCGACCGGUUCGUGCCGUGGCAUGAAUCCCCCAGAUCACUACCACCAGCACAUUCCACAGCAGUCACAAUCGAAGCUUCCGUUCAAGUUCUAUAAAACCGAUCACAGCCAGGCACGCAAGGUGCGAACACCCCUGAAGAACCUUAUCUCCCAAUCGGUAUCGGCACCAUGUGACGACGGUUCCCUAACCAACAUCGACCUCGGUUCGGAAGUGCACGAUGACUGUACGGAUGCUCCAGCAGUUCCCAAACAGCCACCACGUCGCUGUUCCCUGUCCCGAACAUCUUCCAGUGGUUCGGAGUCGCGAAAUUUUGCCCAUCUCCAUCACCAUCAUCGUCUCCCCCGUGAAGAACCACCUUCGCAUGACGACGAUCCGGAACACGACGACGAAGGUUCGGACGAAACCGAACCGAACAGUGACAACGAUCUGAUUGCCAACAAGAGCAGGGAUGGCCUCGAAACCGAGUGCAAGAAGAAGUGAUAAAAGUGAUAUUAGGAUAAAUCAAAUUUUGAACUGUAACAAGUGAAACGCGAGGAUUCGCGUUUUAUUUUCAGUGUAUCUCAUACUAUAGUUGCUCCUGAGUUUAAGAUUUUUUUCUAUAGAAAUCGAUCCGAUUUGGACCUAGAAAAAAGUUCCGAAACAUUUUAGAGAUAGAUUGUAGGUAAAAUUUUGCUAACAGAAAGAUGAAAAAAGCAUCAUGUGCGUGAUAUAAAUGUUCUUAUUUUCUCUCUAUCCUCCGAAACCAGCGAACGAAUUUUUCCAGUGUAGUGUGUUGUUCAAUUCUGAUGAUUUCGUGUAUUUUGUUGUAUGAUCCUUCCACGUUUUUUUCCGCUCAAGAAGUUGAGGCAAUACUACUACUAUCUAGAUGAAAACUACAAAAUCAGAACAGAAAAAUGUUUCUAUAUAGAAAACGCUAGGAAAAUUGUCAACGCGAACACUAAUAAUAGUAGAACAAUAGGCUAUACAUUCUAACCCCGUUAAAUAGGACGAAUGAAGCAUAAGAGAUAUUCAAGACGAAGGCGCUAUAAGUAACGUAGGCUCCAAUCAGAACGUAGAAUAUGACGUUUGUUCAUUUACGGAAACCGUCACUUACAAGAAGAUCGGUUUUGAUUUUGAACGUUUUUUUUUCUAACGUAAGUUAAGCGGACUCUUCAUUGGAGUCGAUUACAGGACUCGUGCUCAACGGACCCAUUUCAUUUCUUUGGGAAACAUUUAAUAACACGUUUUCUCGUUUCAA